AUGAGACAGAGAUCAGCUUUUCAAGUACCAUUGCAUCUUUCACGUUUCGCCACAGAUGACGCUCCAGCCGAAGAUGCUUCCUCGGGCAGCUCCAGACGCGGCAACACCCGUCAGCCGCCGCCGCCAGCAUCAGCAAUAAUGCCGACCAUCACACCUUCGCUCAUCAGCGUGGCGCCCACAGCCGUGCCAUCGUCACCUGGCGGCAGGGACUGCGUGUCCGGGGGGCGGCGUUUUGCCCCCGGCUCCCAAUGGCACCCCGUGAUCGGGCCAUUUGGCGAGAUGGAAUGCGUAGAGUGCGCCUGCGAAGGCGGUCAGAUCUCGUGUCACCGGCUGCACUGUCCCUCUGCGCAGGACCUCGGGUGUGCACCGCAGGACCUGGUCAAAGUGCCUGGCCAUUGCUGUCCCACGUGUCCCGAAGACUAUGGUAUUAUUGUCGCACCUUUGAUGCCGCAUGCUGAUGACUCAAGGGCUAGAUCAAGAGAGGAAAGCAGCAGGAACAAUGCUCAAGGCCUGUCUCAUGAACAAGCACAACCACCCCCAGUACAAGAAUCAAAAACUACGGAGAAAACUGGGCCUAACAUCAAGACUUGUGCCCCUGCAGGCACAGAUGUCAUUGCCUACUUGUUGACCAAUGUCAAUCCAAAUGGAUCAGUGUCUGUAACUUACAUAUUUUACAAGAAGGACCCAAAGCCGUUUUCCAAGCCAAUUGAGCGACACAAGUGGACUUGGGAGAAAAGUGUCGGUUCCCACAAGAUGGAGCCCCACCGAUUUGAGACUUUCUAUGAAGGAAUAGAAGCUCUGCAAGAGUUGAAGGAAGACUUGUCACUCAACAUUCUUGGAGCUACCAGCACAAAGUAUUUAGAAAGGUUUACAAAAAAGGAGAAGAAGGUUGACUCUGGGUGUGAAAAGCGGUGCCAACGGAGGAUAAGGAAGAUGGAGACCUUUCUGAAUCUGCGUCCAGUGAAUUAUCGCAGGCAAUGUUUGGACACUGAAACAACACUCUCGUAAAUUUCAAGCAAAAAAAAAACUAAAAGAACAGCGAGUUCAGCUAGAAUCAUACUGUACAUUUUUCACUUGGGUUUUCGGAAAUCUUGCAAGUCAAGAAAUGCUUGAUUUCGGGAGACGAAACGUUAUCUUUCAAUGAUCUUUACUCGUUUUGGUUGAGGUCUAAGACUUGAGAGCGACAAAGAACACUUGAUCCAUUCCAGAUUGCUUUUAAGCAUUUUUUUGGCUGUCCGGCUUGUGCAGAUAAUUGUGGUGGUGCGGGCUAAUGAUUCCUUGAAUUACUGCCUACAAUUGGGAAAUCUAUGGUCAGCUUUGAAGUGGUUGAGCUCAUGGGAAGAAUACACUACAAUAACUUGUG